CAUUUCGCGAACCCCGAACGCCAUGCCACCAAAGAUGCCAGCGGUGGGCAUCGACCUCGGCACUACGUAUUCCUGUGUAGGGGUCUGGCAGCACGGCAAGGUAGAGAUCAUUGCCAAUGACCAGGGCAACAGGACGACACCCAGCUACGUCGCUUUCGGCGACAGCGAGCGCCUGAUCGGAGAUGCCGCCAAGAACCAAGUGGCGAUGAAUCCGCAGAACACAGUGUUCGACGCGAAGCGGCUCAUCGGACGCAAGUACGACGACCCCAAGAUCCAGGGCGACCUGAAGCAGUGGCCGUUCAAAGUGGUCAACGACGGAGGGAAGCCGAAGAUCGUCGUGGAGUACAAAGGAGAGGUGAAAAGGUUCUCCCCAGAGGAGAUAAGUUCCAUGGUGCUGACCAAGAUGAAGGAGACAGCCGAGGCGUACCUCGGUGGCAAAGUGACCGACGCAGUCGUCACGGUGCCUGCGUACUUCAACGACUCGCAGCGGCAAGCGACGAAAGACGCCGGCGCCAUCGCGGGUCUCAACGUGCUCCGGAUCAUCAACGAGCCGACGGCCGCGGCGCUGGCGUACGGCCUGGAUAAAAAUCUGCGCGGCGAGAAGAACGUGCUCAUCUUCGAUCUGGGCGGCGGGACUUUCGACGUUUCGGUGCUCACCAUCGACGAAGGCUCGCUGUUCGAGGUCAAGGCGACGGCGGGAGACACGCACCUGGGAGGGGAAGACUUCGACAGCCGCCUGGUGAACCACUUCGCCGAGGAGUUCAAGAGGAAGUUCCGGAAGGACCUGCGCAGCAAUCCUCGCGCUUUGCGCCGCCUGCGGACGGCGGCCGAGCGCGCCAAGCGGACGCUCUCCUCCAGCACCGAAGCGAGCAUCGAGAUCGACGCGCUCUUCGAGGGUGUCGACUUCUACACCAAAGUGUCGCGGGCCCGCUUCGAAGAGCUGUGCUCCGAUCUCUUCCGGUCGACGCUCCAGCCGGUCGAGAAGGCGCUCGCCGACGCCAAGCUGGACAAGUCGGCGAUACACGACGUCGUGAUGGUCGGCGGGUCGACGCGCAUUCCGAAGAUCCAGAGCCUGCUCCAGAACUUCUUCAACGGCAAAGCCCUCAACCUGUCGAUCAACCCGGACGAAGCGGUGGCCUACGGGGCGGCGGUGCAGGCCGCCAUCCUCAGCGGUGAUUCCAGCUCCCAGAUCCAAGACGUGCUGUUGGUGGACGUGACGCCGCUGUCGCUAGGCAUCGAGACUGCCGGCGGCGUCAUGACCAACAUCGUCGAACGGAACACGCGCAUUCCCUGCAAGCAGACACAGACGUUCACGACGUAUUCCGACAACCAGCCCGCUGUUACCGUCCAGGUCUUCGAGGGCGAGCGCGCUCUCACGAGGGAUAACAACCUGCUGGGAACCUUCGACUUGUGUGGCAUCCCACCUGCUCCCAGAGGCGUUCCUAAGAUUCAGGUGACGUUCGACAUCGACGCGAACGGUAUCCUGAACGUGUCGGCGCGCGACGAGAGCACGGGCCACUCGCGCAACAUCACCAUCCGCAACGACAAGGGCCGGCUGUCCAAGGCGGAGAUCGAGCGCAUGCUCGCGGACGCGGAGCGAUACCGCGCCGAGGACGAGCGCCAGCGCGAGCGCGUGGCCGCGCGCAACCGCCUCGAGGGCUACGUGUACGGCGCGCGCCAGGCGCUCGACGACGCUGGCUCCAGGCUGCCCGACGGGGAGCGCCGCCGCGCCAGGGACGCCUGCGACGACGCGCUACGCUGGCUCGACGCGCACCCCGGCGCAGACCGCGCCGACUACGAGCAGCGCCUGCGCGACGUGCAGGCACUGUGCGCGCCGCUCAUGUCGCGGCUGCACCAGCAGGCCGGCGGCGGCUACGGCGGCCGGCAGCAGCAGCAGGACGGGCCCGUCAUCGAGGAGGUCGACUGAGCGAGCGAACAGAUGAAUCGAUGCACCGACGGCGCCACGACUAUCGAUAGCGCUACGCACGUCCUGUAGGAGAGACUGAUGUUUAGAGGAGGCUGACUACCUCUUCUUGUUUUUUUAUUUUUAUUUUAUUUUAUUUUUUUUUUUUUUUUUUUUUUUUUUUGCUUUUGGCUUCUCGGCAAGGACAUUUGAAGCUAGAGCCCACUGAGACUGCAUAAGACAAUAGUACAAAAGAAAAUUAUAUUGUGCGCCACAUAAUAGUCUGCAGAGAUUUAGCAACUGCAUAGAUAUUUAAGACAAUUCUCAUUUAUUGUUAUGUCUAAAGCAGCACAUUUUUAAUUAGACUGCAUGUUUCGAUCACUCUGGAUCAUCGUCAGAUUUAACAAGGGAACCUCCCCGUCGCACCCCCCCUCAGAUUUAGUUAUAAGUUGGCACAGUGGAUAGGCCUUGAAAAACUGAACACAGAUCAAUCGAGAAAACAGGAAGAAGUUGUGUGGAACUAUGAAAAAAUAGACAAAAUAUACAAACUGUGUAGUCCAUGCGCAAGAUAGGCAACAUCAAGGGUGGUGUGAGCUCAGCAGCGCCGUGGUCCCGUGGUUAGCGUGAGCAACUGCGGAAAGCGAGGUCCUUGAUUCAAGUCUUCCGUCGAGUGAAAAGUUUACUUCUUUAAUUUCGCAAAGUUAUGACCAGUCCGUUCGUUCAUUGACGUCUCUGUUAACUUUAGUAAGUUUAGUGUCUGUGUUUUGCGACCGCACCGCAAAACUGUGCGAUUAGUAGACGAAAGGACGUGCCUCUCCAAUGGGAACCGAAAACAUUUGAUCGCAAGGUCAUAGGUCAACCGAUUCCUCCACAGAAAAACACGUCUGAUAUAUUCUAUACGACACUGGUGACGAUCAUGUACGCCACAUGACAGGAAUAUGUUGUCGACCCACCUAACUUGUACACUUGGCGAAAGGGUAAAAAGAUUCUUCUACCUUGCCCAAUUUUGGUUUUCUUGUGUAUGUGGUAAUCACUCUCAAAAAAGUGAUAUCACAUAAACUGAAAAUAACAAAUCAUAGUAUUCGCUCGAGGGAAAACUUGAACUAAGGACCUCUCUCUUCGUAGCUGCUUACGCUAACCACGGGACCACGGCGCUCCUGAGCUCACGGUAUCCUUGAUGUUGCUUAUCUUGCUCAUGGAUUACUCAGUUUGUAUAUUUUGCUUAUUUUUUCAUAGUUCCACACAAUUUCAUCCUGUUUUCCCCAUUGAUCUGUAUUCACUUUUUCAAGGCAUAUCCACUGUGCCAACUUAUAACUAAAUCUGAGGGAGGGUGCGAUGGGGAGGUUCCCUUGUAAGUAGCCGCGUAAGCAACCUGUCUUCUCUACUCAUAACCAAAUAUAAGAGUAGUGUCAGUAUGAUAUUUAGUUCUGAGCAGAGAAGACGGGUUUGUGACGCAACUCGUCAGAUCUGAACAUGAUCGAAAGUGAUCGAAACAAAUUUACAACUGAGACGGAGCGGUAAACGAGAUCUCCCUCAGAAAAUUGUACAGCGUAGGAAGUCACUAUUUACUGGCUCAUGUUCAUAUAAAGCGUUUCAAGGCUUAAUUAGAGACGGAAAAUGUUUCUCAAAAAUUGGUAUGCUGACAUUUCGAAAGAACAUCUAAGUAAUAUUAAUGCUGUAUUCUUAUAGAAAGUAUGAUAUCGAUGUUUCCGUUACAUCAGAUUGUUGACACAUGUUUUAAAAUAGUGACUUAAAUCUGAAAAAAUUUUCUUACUUUCAAAAAGGAAAAAUGUUCUUAUUUAAAUAUCUUUCGUAAGGGGUCUGUCAUUAUUUUCGCACUGCUAUGACAAUUUAUGUUUAUCACGAAAAAAAUUGUCAGAUUUAUAUUGUUUUAAAUAAAAGAAAAUUUGUAAAGCAGAUUAAUUACAUUGAACUUACAUUAACACAAAUAUGAGAGAGGUAAGAGCAAAACUUGGCUGAGGAAAGGUAUAGGUUGGUAAACAUCACAAAGCAGCGAGAAAUCGAGGCACAAAAUUUCCACAGCGAGAUCGAAGCUUAUACAAACAGAAAGUAUACAGAGACGAAGGAAUUUGCCCUAAAUAGAAAUGCAAGUAGUUGCAGCAACACCCUUUAUUUGAACUGAAGAGCACAGCAAAAACGGCAUUUUUGGCAAUGUGGAUGAAUAACAGUGACUACUUACAUCCAAUGCUUAGGGAAAAGAAAAACAAAUGCAGAAUUACGAGAACCCAUCAUACCGAGGAGGUGCAUCGAUAUAAAGGAUAAUAUUAAUGCGUGAAUGUAGAUAUCAAUUUUUCAAAACAUCCGUGUUUUCGGUACACACCUGCCAUCUCUGGACUUCAUUCUGCUUCACGGAAGUAUCCCCCGUGACGAGAUGGAAUGUUGACGACUCUUUCACAUCGAGAUUCAGCAGUGGUAAGACGAAUGUUUUACCUAUCCCUUUAUGAUUUAUUUUAUUCACCACACUGUAUGUUUUAGUUCGUUAGCCCCCGUCAUCGGGACCGGUAAAGUGAAUUAUUAAGCUAUAUUUCUAGAAAAAAAACGCUAGGCGGAAUAUCUGUGAACAAGUAAGUACCACAUAGAGCACAACACUACGAGAAAUAAACUGGUGUAUGCUACCCAUCAUAAUGUCAGAAAAUCCCCACAUGUUAGUAGUUACUAUUCUCGUGCUGCUGAUAAAUGCGUGACGCUUCAUAUAUUUAGCUUGCAUACCAUCUGCAUGGAGUGUAGGUGGUAUUACUGUCGUAUAAGGACCAAAAACAGUUUUUUCCCACUGGUGCUCGAAGAUGCAUACUGUUGCACAACAUGACUCGACUCUUCGUGCGGAAGUACGCAGUCCGUCCGCCCACAUACGCAAUCUUCAUACACUAACUUGCAAAUAUGUUACUGCGAAAGCAGAAGGGACGCAGAGAGGCAACAAUCAGCAAAACAAUGUUAUAUAGCUGACGUUGGAAGCUUUUUGCAAAAAAAGUAUCACGUACUGCCAACUAUUGUCAAUAGAAAGUAUACUAUUUGUUAAACUUCUCCCGGUCCCAGGAUCCACAAGGGGAAGUAUCAAGUUAAAUUCUGCGUGCAGUACAUAGUGACACUGCUACUUGUGUCACUGUUCAGCCUGAGUCAUGUAAGGCAAAAUUUUCAUUUUCAUUUUUUAUUUUGUGAGGUAUUUGAUCGAGAUUUUUCGGCGAAUGACAGUACUCACAGCGAACUUGAUUUUGUCGUAAACCUCUUAACAACUGUGAUCAAAGGACAUUUUGAAGGAAAUACAGUUUUUAUUUUAAACACAAUGUAUAAUUUGUUACUGGAAAUCUGGAAAAGGAACAUAGCGAUCUAACGCUUCCUAAUCUAGGUGAUGAAACUUACCGGAGAGAAUCUUCCAACGCAGUGUAAUCUCCGAUAGUGAAGUAUAACUUUCAAUAAAAAAAAAUAUUUUUGGCAUCAAGGUUGAAUCAAGAUAAAACGCUGCCAAUUACUUAAAGAAGCAUGUUUUCCAUUGCUUACUGCAAAGCACAGGAACAUUAUUUCACUACCAUUAUGAGCAAGACAUGUGUAUCUCAUCUGAUUUAUUAUUUCUCUUGUUGGGACAAAUAACUCCCUCGGUUUUCUUCCGUAAGGGCCAAAAAGUCAGUAUGUCCUAACAAGUGCUCAUUUGAUCUGCCUAGACUUCACAUCAGUGUGAUGAACAACACACUACUUACCUGGUGACAAAGAAUGAAGCAUCGAAACGAGUCAUAUGAAGUUGUUUCAGUAGACUGCGACUGGCUACAAUGUUUAGUUUGUUCGUAUUACACCCUCGAUCAUUUUCGAGCUCACUAGCGUUGUAGAAUAGUAAUCUUUCCUUCUGAUGCUUCAGAAGCUUCAUUUGUUUACUAAUGUUAUAUUAUUACUGUGAACCAGUGCAGUCAUAUUUCCGACAAAAUUGAGUUCCGUAAUUGACACAGUGAUUAUAAACAUAAAAUUACCUACCUAUUAAUGAUACAUAUAAGGAAGCUUACCGGAUAGUGUGACAUACUUACAUAAAAAUGUGCUAAAUAUCAACAAUCAAGUUUAUAUUGAUUGAGCCAUUAUGUGUUUCAUGCUUAUUUGUCUACGUUACUUUGUAACUUAGUAAUACGGAAAGCCACGUUUCGCCUUGGACUAAGUGAGAGUUGAACUUCAAAUCACGGACUAGCACUUAUCGAAAAAAAAAACUGCUUUUAACCUAAAGUGAUGCAAAUUAUCUCGAAAACGUAAUUACAGAAAUUUCGAUGAUGCGGUAUCCGCCUGUGUAUAGGAUUGUAUAAUAAGUUUAGCAAUUUCACCAUAGCAGAUCCUGUAUCAUAGAACCAAAUUUGUUUAAGAAAGUUACAUAUUUGGCUUAUUAGCCCCGCAUUUCUAUGAAAAAUAUGACAUAUAACGCAUGAGGACCAGUUCUAGAACUGAUAAUAUUUAACGUCUAAUGAAGGACUACAGUAACUGCACUGCUUCACAGUAAAUUGGUCAAGCGUGUGGAAAACUAAGUUACUCAUUGAAUAUUGAAUUUAGAUAACUAUUAAUAUUCGCAUAAGUACGCCUAAUGUUUUGUACACAAAAUAUUCGUUUUUAACAAAUGUUUGACUUCGUUUGUAUUGUGGACUGUAGACUUCAAACAGGCAGCUUGAAAGGGAAGAAAUAGUCUGUACUCUUAAUGUUCCGUCCAUGAAUGCUGUGGAAAAUUUUUUGAUAGUAAUGGUACUACGACGCCUGUCUUCUCUGAAGUAUGUACAGCCGAUUUGGAGAUAUAAUUUAAAGUAUGCGUUUCAGUUCUCAGUUGUACUUAACAGCACUGAGUGUACUACAAGCAAACAAGGCAACACUUCUGACUUAUAAAAAUAUGACAAUAGCUACUUAUGAGUCACCUUAUUUCGUAUUCUCUAUGUAGGCUGAAUAUAGGUGAACAGAAUUUGCAAUAGCUUUGUUAAAUUCAUAUUCGUUUAUUAGAAUCCCACGUAAAGAAGUUUAUAAGGGGCAUGAAAAAAUAGUGCUAAUAUGAAUAUACCAGUGAUCUUCAUAUGAGUUUUCCAAUUCUAAAAACAACUCAAUAAAUGAUUAUCCAUGUUCGACAAAAAUGCAUUAUAGGAUUAUCCUGCUUCACUGCUUGUGUACACAUGAAAGUUUAAAUUGUAUUACACAUUUUCUAUUUUGUUGCAUCUUAUUUUAGGAGGAAAAGUACAACUUUGUUCCUGUAAUUUAAGUAAACUGAAUUUGCGGUGCUUCUGACGUGAUGAGUCAAGACAAUUUUAGAACUUCCGGCGUUAUCGUACUGCAGCUGAUCCAUUGGCUGUUUGUAGAGAGAGUAACUAAGAAAAUCUACUUAAUCGAUAGACAAGUUUUUCUAGGAGAUAUAGAGAUUUAACCUUUGCAGCACAACUGUAUCAUUUUCAUACACUGCUAUUGUGUUGAUGUUACUACUUUGUUU